AGAAUGGAACAAGUAAAUCAAACCACAGUGACUGAAUUCAUCCUUGAUGGGUUAACAAAUAAUCCAGGGCUCCAAUUGCCACUAUUCCUCAUCUUUCUGGGAGUCUAUUUGGUUACAGUUGUGGGAAAUCUAGGCAUGAUCAUCUUGAUUAUGUUCAGUUCUCAGCUGCACACACCCAUGUAUUAUUUACUCAGCAGUCUGUCCCUUAUUGACUGCUGUCAGUCAACUGUCAUUACUCCCAAAAUGCUGAUGAACUUUGUGACAGAGAAGAAUGUCAUACCCUACACAGAAUGCAUGGCUCAGUUCUUCUUCUUUUGUGCUUUUGCUAUUGCAGAAUGUCACAUGUUAGCUGCAAUGGCAUAUGACCGCUAUGUGGCUAUCUCUAACCCAUUGCUAUACAAUGUAACCAUGUCCUAUAAAGUCUGUUUGUGGAUGAUUGCUGGGGUAUAUGGUAUGGGAUUCCUUAGUGCCACGGCUCCUGCUUUCUUCAUGAUGAGAUUGCUUUUCUGUAAGUCUAAUAUAAUAAGGCAUUACUUCUGUGAUCUUUUCCCAUUACUGGAGCUCUCUUGUUCCAGUACUUUUAUCAAUGAAGUACUAGCAUGGUCCCUUGGUUCAUUUAACAUUCUUAUACCAGCUAUAACCAUUCUUAGCUCGUACAUCUUCAUCAUUGUCAGCAUCCUCCAUAUUCAUUCCACUGGGGGGAGACUCAAGGCCUUCAGCACCUGCAGCUCCCACAUUUUAGCUGUUGCUCUCUUCUAUGGUUCGACAGCUUUCAUGUAUCUUCAGCCAUCAUCAGUCAGCUCCCUGGGAGAAAGUAAAUUGUCAUCUGUGUUUUAUACCAUUGUUGUGCCUAUGUUGAAUCCCAUGAUCUACAGCCUGAGAAAUAAAGAUGUCAAAAUUGCCCUAAAAAAAUUAAUUCAAAAGGUAAGUUUCCACUCAACCAAGAGUGAGUUUCAUUAG